GGGAGCGGGGGCGCACCGCCAUGGCCAGGGAGGAAAGCAAGGUGCUGCUGGACGCGCUCAACAAGACGACCGCGUGCUGCCACCACUUGGUGCUGACCGUCGGCGGCUCGGCGGACUCGCAGAAUCUGCGGGAGGAGCUGCAGAAGACGCGCCAGAAGGCGCUGGAGCUAGCUGUGGCCACUGGCACCCGACUGACGGUAGCGCUGCGCGACAGGGGUCUGGCCGCCGAGGAGCGCGCGGAGUUCGAGCGCCUUUGGGUGGCCUUUUCCGGCUGCCUGGACCUGCUGGAAGCCGACAUGCAGCGCGCGUUGGCGCUGGGCGCCGCGUUCCCGCUGCACGCGCCCCGGCGGCCGCUGGUGCGCACGGGGGUGGUGGGCAGCUGCUCGGGCGUGGCGGCACGCGCCCUGAGCGUCCGCAGCCUUCGGCACGAGGCGGGGCGCGACUUCUACGUCGUAGACUUGCAGGAGUUGGAGCGAGAGGUCCUUCAGGUGGGCGAGAUGAUCAACGACAUGGAAAUGAAGGUCAGCGUGCCCCACUGGACAGUACAGCCCCGGCAGACGGCGGGCGCCGAACUCCUGUCCAGUGCCAGCGCCGGAGCUUCCUCAGCCAUGUCGGUACCGGAGCGCUCGGGGCACUGCGACCCGAGCAAGGCCCUGGCUGCCACGAUUUUCAGCGCGGUGCUGCUGGCGGCUGUGGCUCUAGCCUUGUGCGUAGCAAAGCUGAGCUGACCGACACCAGCUGGUCACCGCCGCCGCAGCUCCCACCGCGGAAACAAGACUCGGGAUGGGCUUGAGGUCUGGGCUGUUAAGGGGAGGGGCACUAAAGCACUUGUGUGUACCUUGAGUACACACUCAUUUCAUGCAUACCCCUGCCUGGGUAAGACAUCGUUUUCUCUUGCUGGGCCCGGAGUUAGCUUUUGCGGGCCGUCAGGGCAUUAUGGCUAAUGUAUGCGGGAGCAUUAUUCUCUACCCCAGAUCUCAUCUUGUUAGUAGGGCAUCGUUACACAGAGUCCACAUUUGGUGCCCCCAACCCUGUCAAUGUUUGUCCCCCCUGGGUGUGACAGUUUGGAAAAAUGGGUGAGGUGGAAGGAAGCCUAAAGAGCAGGGCGGUUUUGCUCCAUGUGGGUGAUUGUUUUGUUUCCUGGACAAGAAACAAUUUGCAAUAAGAUAUGAGCAGUUUCUAUGACCUUAACCCCGUGGGGCCCAUGCUUAGAAGGGUGCACAGUUAGAAGUUCAUAUACAGUGCUUUCAUUAUGGCGCACUAUUGUGCUUCUUGGCAGAGUUUAUCCAUUAGUCACCAAUAGCAGCUACAGAGAGGUUUGGGGUUGUGACCUCCCACUACUGUGCAGGAUCUGACCCUAUUUAGGAAACCAAAGAAGAUCAUUGAACCGCUGUGGCAGGAUUGUAUCUACUGUACACACUUUGGCCUGCAGAAGAGGGCCCUCCUUAGCCAGCCCAGGACGGGGGAAAGAUGGGUCCAGGAGGCUUUGGAGAGAGCCACAGGUUAUAUGAACGGGCACUUUCUCCUUCACAGGGACUUAUUUUCAUUCCAGAACUAGACCAGAGUGUUUGAUCCUCCUUUGAGGGAGUGCUGGGAAAUCCUCUUUGGAGUACUUAAUCCUGUCUAUCCCCAGAAUUUGCUUGCUGGCCAAUAGGAGAGCUGGGCUUUGGAGGGAGCUGCGAAGCUCCCUGACCCCAACUUUGCCCAAAGAAGGUAAUGUGGCGUUACUGGCCUACAGAGGUUUUCAGCCAAUCAGCUCUGAGACUGGGUUAGAAUUUGUAACAGCUUUAAAUUGGAAUUUAAGAAGCUUUUUAAAAAAUGAUAAUCAUCUGAGAGAAAAAAAUCACAUAAGUACUAUCAAAGCCGUUUUUUUAAAAAAAAAAAAAAUAAAGGACAUUGGGCCACAAAUUCAUAUGUGCCAAUGAGCCAAACAUAGAAUUCUUUAGGUGGACUUAGGUUACAGAAAAUACAUUUGCAUCUAUUUUUAAAAACCUAUGUUCUUAAAUAUAGACUGAAUUUUGAGGUUGUAGCAUAAACUACUGGCGUGGAUGACAGAAGUAAAUGGCCCCGGCUUCUUUUGAUCAAUAAGUACGUAAAUGUGGAAAACACUCUUGGUCCCAUUUGCCUGAGCAAUGCUGCCACCUUCCACCUGGGGUCCAGAGAGGGCUCUGCCACAGUCCUGGGGGAAGUGAGGCUGAGGAGACUGAUGUACAAAACUUUCUAAAGGUAAUUUUUUGGUUUGUUUUAAAUUUUUUAUUUUUUUUGAGACAGGGUCUUGCUAUGUAAUCCAGGACUGGCCUUGAACUCAGUGUGUAGUCUGGGCUGGCCUCAAACUUCUGGCCAUCCUCCUACCUCAGUCUCAGCCUUGGGUUAUAGGCAUGUGCCACCACGCCCAGCUAAAGGUUAUUUGGAACAAAAGAGACCUUGGUUUGGUUGAAAAUUGUUGCAAUUUUUUUUUUCAUAACCCCAGAAGUGGGAAAGGAGACCAGGUGGAGGGAACUGGCAGUUUUUCACAAGGGCACCUUGAGAGCUAAGGGGGCAGAAGUAAAUACUAUAGCGUUGCUGUCUGGGAACCCAGUCCUAAAGGCCACUCUCCUCGCCCAUUCCCGCUCCUCUUCAGCACAGAUUCCAGAGCUUCAGCUAGGGAUACGUGGACUCUAAAAGCCCACAGUAGGGCUUGGGUGUGGCUCAGUGGUAAGGUGUUUGCCUACCACACCCAAGGCCCUAGGUUCAAUCCCUCUGCUUUGUAAAAAGGUAAAUAAGAUCUACCAGAUCUUAAACUGAUCAAACCGAGAUUGUUUCAAAGAACACCAAAGGGGUGGAUAUGCACCUCAGUGUGAAGGCCCUGAGGGUUCAAUCUCCAGUGCCACAAAAAAAAGAAGGAAAAAAAAAAAACUUGUACGACAGUUACUAAUAAUUGAAGCUUCUUCUGCCUCACUAGUCUGGGUGAGUCUAAAUAGAGGCCACACUCAGUUUUCUUGCACUUGCCUGCUCAGGAUGCCUUUGGAGAUGACACAGAAAGACUUUAAACUCCACCUCCCACACACAACAUGGAGAAUCUGAUACCUUCUCCAAAGUCUUCUCCCCCUCAGGCAAGAAAAAAAUGGGGCAUUUUAUGACUCUGUAUUGGAAAAUAUCCCUAAAAACCAAGCCCCAAAUGUACUUCUAAGAUUGCUGUUUCUAAGAGCUCAACCUUCUGUUUUUUUCAGGGUAUUUUGAUUCACGAAAAAAAAUAUUCAGUACAACCUAUUUUUUAAAAAACACUCUCAGGGACUGGGCAUUUAGCUCAGUGGCAUUGCAUCUGCCUCAAGCACAUGUCCUGAGUUUGAUCCCCAGUACUGCAAAAACAAAACCCAAAAAAAUGCAUAUUAGAAAAAAACCUCUCAGUUGAAUAAUCCACUGAGAGCAAACAGGACAAACACAUUUUCUUGUCACUUUUUCCAGCCACCUGGCAGUUCCUAGGGUUUUUAAUUCUAUGUGCAAUCAGGUGCAUAUCUGAUUCAGAGAUUCUUUUACCCACUAAAAUUAGUAAUAAAAUGUUGCAAAAAGAAAUAGCUAAUUAGAGCAUAAUACUCACCCUGUGAACCUGUUAACCUAACACAAUUCUUGAGUCUGAAAAUUUUAAGCAUUAGGAAUACUUGGCAUUCUUUGGAGUUAUAACAUCAUCUAAGAAAACUAUAUGACAAGCAAAAUCACUCUCUGCCUUGUGCUGUAGGCUGCUCUCUAAUAUCCCUGCUUUCAUUUCUAUGUAUAAUGCAAGAGAUUGCUUUCUGAUAUAAGCCUAAUUCAAUUUAGAUGUUUGGUAGGGAAGUGAUUGAUUUUCUAUAAAUAUUUGAUAUGAUCUUAUACUGUGAUACAAGUGAUAGUAAAAUAUUUUAAAUGCAUUGGUUGACAUUAAAAAGAAAUUGGAAUGGCAAGGCACUUAUGAUAUAAUAGUUGUAGGAGAAAAAUGCCUGGCUAUUUUUUCAUAUGUUCUAAAAACCUAUGCUUUUAAAUGACACAAGGGAAAAAUAUUAUUGCUAAGUAAAAAAAAGUUAGAGUAUAAAUUUCAUGAUUUGCCUACAGCUUACAGUAAGCUACAUAAAAGAUGUGUGAUAUUUAAAGACUAAAAAAAUAUGUGUGAUGCUGAAUGACUAUAAAGUAGCUCUGAUUGAAGAGAGUUCGGUGUUCAUGAGAACCCUGGUAAUGCUGCUUCUUUUCUCCAGUGUGCACAUUGAUCCAUUUUUAGCUACUUGGUCCGUUCUGAGACUGUGCUUCUCCACUCUGCAAUGAAUACUUUGUAAGGGUGUGAGCCCCAGAGUGUGAGCCUAUGUGUCAGCCUGAGAAAUGAAAUGUAGAACCCACCUCUGCAUUCCCCUGAGGUGUGCCUCCUUCCUCAGGGCUCAGCCAGCUGUGAUGAGCCAGGGACUCUGCCUCUCUCCUGGUACCUCAACAAGACAUUGACCUCCCUGUGCCUCAAAUCAUUCAUUUGUGAAUUGGGAUUUCACAAAGGACUGGUUCACUCUAACAUCCUUUUCGAGCUUAAAAUGUUUGACAGAAUAUAGUUAAGCAAGAAGGGUUAUAUUGUUGAUUGGUUAAGUCUGGGGUUUGUUGUCUGUUGGUUUUGGUGCAUACAGGAAUGAAACCUUACAGCUUAGUGGUUACUGUCUAAAAUUAGUUUUUGAAAAAUUAUGUCAAAUUCUAUAUUAGUUUUAAAAAUCAGAACUAAUAAGGCUUAUUGCGAUUUUUUGUUUUUUUGGCACAUCAGAAUUAGUAAAUGGACUUUAAAAAGCAAAUGUAGGGCCAGGGAUUUAGCUCCAAGUUCGAUCCCCGGUAUCAAAAAAAAAAAAAAAAAAGUAAAUGUAGGCCAGGUAUGGUGGCACAUGGCUAUAAUCUCAGAACUCACGAGGCUGAGGCAGGAAGAUCCUGAAUUCAAGGCUAACCUGGUCUACAUAGCAAGGCCAUAUUUCAAAAAACAAGCACAAUAACCAAAGCAAAUGUGGGGCUGGGGUUAAAGCUUAUUGAUAGAGAUCUUGCCUAGCAUGCUAAGGAGCUGGCACCACAAAGAAAAGAAUAGUAGGGGCCGGGGAUUUAGCUCAGUGGUUCCGCCACCUGCCUUGCAAGCAGAAGGAUCCAAGUUCAAUCCCCAGUACCAAAAAAAAAAAGAAAAGAAAAGAAUAGAAUAGUAAAUGUGUAUGUAUGCUAUUUGUUUAUAGUACUUAAAUUAGAUGAGAAAUUUAAAUUCAGACUCUAUGUCUGAGUCCAAGAAAACCCAGUUAUUUAAAUGGUCUGUGUUGCCUGGCAAUUAGGCCCCCUGAACAAAUUCUGGGAAAUUCUAGAUACACACCCCUGUCAUUUGUCACAGAGGCUGGAAGAAAGAUUCUAUAAAUUGGUGGCCUCAGAAUUGUAACUGCAUUCGAAGCAGCAAGGUUGCUUCUGUAUGUGGCAUCAGAUGCACAGUGAGAUUAAAGGCUACAUGUCCGCUCUUUGACAUUUAUUUUGACAGGUUCUAGAAUUUUUAUUAAUUAGUGAAAAUUUAAAGAUAAUAUGCAACUUGUAUAACUUACUGGGAAAAGGCACCUUCAAAUGAUUCAGCUAUCAACUUGUGAUUUUAAAAUAAUAUCCUUGGGCUGGGGAUUUAGCUCAGUGGUUUUGCUGCCUGCUGCACAAGUGCAAGGACCUGAGUUCGAUCCCCAGUACCAAAGAAAAGAAAAGAAUAUCCUUAAUUUUCCUCACAUAUAUUUGAAUAAAAGUGAACAUCCUGAUCAACAUAUUUAUCCUUUACAGAUUAUAUAACAUCAAGAGAUGUUCACAAAUACUUUACAGAUCAUAAAGGGCUAGGUGCUUUUCUACAAUAUGAUUAUACUCAGCUUUUAAUACAGGAAGGAAUCUGGGAGGAGUAGAUCUUUGGCUCAGGUCACUACAGGUCAAAGUUAUAUUUUAAAUACUGUUUCUUCUGGCUCUCUGGAAUUGGCAAGAUGUAGAUGCUGUGGUCCUGUGUCCAUGAGGACAAGAUAAAUUUCUCAUUUAUAUAUUUUUCAUCUCAUUCCGUAGAUCAGGGGUGGCGAACCUAAGGCACAUGUGCCACAGCAAGCAUACAGAGCCCGCUCAGUGAUAAUCUCACAAGUUGUAUGAGUCGUUUUUCUAAAGUAAACCCUCAGAAUUCAGGUUUAAUUGCAGUGUUGGCACUUUACAAUAAAUAAGUGGGUUUUGGGUUGCAGUUUAGACACUCAGUCUCUAUAAGGUUUCCCAUCACUGCCAUAGAGGAUCCUGGGUGUUUUCACUGCAGUACUAUGAGAUGUUGGACAUACUCAUUCUUGGAUGUUUAGGUUGAGAAUUUACAACCUUAGGGCUGGGGACAUCCUAAGAGGUAGAAGUCUGACUAAGUGGCAGAGCUCUUGACUAGCAUGCAUGAGGCCCUGGGUUCAAUCCCCAGCACUCCAAAACAAAAACCUUAAGGUUUAUAUGACCUAUGUAAAUAAACAAAGAAAGCUCCUGUUUUCAAAUGUUUUUUUUUAAAGAGCCUUUUUCAUUUCUGGUGCCAGAAAGCAAAGUUGAAUGUCCACUGCUUGUAAUAUAUGUAUUAGGUAUGUGGAGAGUCAUAAGAAAAUAUAGAGAAAUGAAAAUACUUGUUAAAGUGAUGGGAUUGUGAAUGGUGUUUUUCAGUA